UCAGAAUUCAGAACCCCACCCACCCACCCCUCUCUCGCCGCCUCGAACCGAGUUCCUAGAUAGACCCACGCCACGCCACGCCACGCCACGCCAAAUCGAAGGAACGAACCCAUCACCCCCUUCCCCCUUCUCGAUCGGUCGAGGGCGUCGAAGAUGCUGGGCGUCGCGCGGAGGCGGCUCGGAUCCGGAUGCGUUCUCGGCCAGCUGAUGCAGAGACUCCGCCCGGCGGCUGCGGCGGCGGCGAGGACCUACUCCGCCGCCGCUAAGGAGAUGACUGUGCGGGAGGCGUUGAAUUCUUCCUUAGAUGAGGAAAUGUCUGCAGAUCCUUCUGUUUUCUUGAUGGGAGAAGAGGUUGGGGAGUACCAAGGUGCAUACAAGAUAUCAAAGGGUUUGCUAGACAAGUAUGGACCUGAUAGAGUUCUCGAUACACCAAUCACUGAGGCUGGAUUUACUGGCAUUGGUGUUGGUGCUGCCUACCAUGGUCUUCGACCAGUUGUAGAGUUCAUGACAUUUAACUUUUCGAUGCAGGCAAUUGACCACAUCAUUAAUUCAGCUGCCAAGUCGAACUACAUGUCAGCUGGUCAGAUAUCUGUUCCUAUUGUCUUCAGAGGGCCAAAUGGUGCUGCUGCUGGAGUUGGUGCUCAACACUCACAGUGCUAUGCAGCUUGGUAUGCGCAUGUUCCCGGAUUGAAGGUUCUAGCUCCAUAUUCUGCAGAAGAUGCUCGAGGUUUGCUGAAAGCAGCAAUCAGGGAUCCGGAUCCUGUUGUUUUCCUGGAAAAUGAACUUCUUUAUGGUGAAUCAUUUCCUGUUUCUGCUGAGGUACUUGAUUCUAGCUUCUGCCUUCCCAUCGGCAAGGCUAAGAUAGAGCGACAAGGAAAAGAUGUUACAAUCACUGCAUUCUCCAAGAUGGUCGGAUACGCCCUUCAGGCUGCAGAUAUACUGGCCAAGGAGGGUAUCAGUGCUGAGGUAAUCAAUCUUCGUUCAAUUAGACCGCUGGAUAGAGCUGCUAUUAAUGCAUCUGUGAGGAAAACCAAUAGAUUGGUAACCGUUGAAGAAGGCUUCCCGCAACAUGGGAUUGGUGCUGAAAUAUGCAUGUCUGUUGUAGAGGACAGCUUUGAGUAUCUUGAUGCACCAGUUGAAAGGAUUGCUGGAGCUGAUGUGCCCAUGCCCUAUGCUGCCAACCUUGAGAGGAUGGCUGUUCCACAGGUCGAUGACAUUGUACGAGCAGCAAAGAGGGCUUGCUACCGAGCGGUCCCAAUGGCAGCAACGGCCUAGUUCACGACCCCUUCAUUUCCCGAUCUUCUAUUUCGUUCUCUAUGUCCAGAAAGAUGUAACGCAUAAUGGUAUCCACUACGGGACCACCCCAACUCGACUAGCGUGAGCUGAUUUUGUAGAGCUGCCAUGAGGUGUCCUGUUCUGUUUUCUUCCCUGCAGUCGGAUGGCUGCAUCUGUUGGUGGUUCAACUUGGAUUUAUGCUAUUCCUGGAGGCUUACAUGAAAGAACGAUGUCAAUAACAUGUAUGUAGUGGAACUCAAGAGAUCCUGGAGUAGAGAUUUUUGUUGCGCCUUUCUCUGAUCUUUUUAAUGUUAUAAAUUUAUGGGAGUUGCUAAUUUUCAA